UUUUAUUUACAUAAAAAUUUAUGGACCUUCAAAAUUAUUUUAUUUAUUCCACUUAAUCUAAUCUGAUCUCGCAGUAAUCCCAUCCAAAUUUGCUACUCGUAUUUAAAGGGCUCCCUUAGUCUAGCCAUCGUAAAAUCAACAAGGACAGUCCAAGGAUAAUAUCAUUUCCACAGUCAAGGGCACUUGAAGGCGUACUCAGCGUACCUACCUACUCAUUUCUUUGUCCCAAGGACACAUCUUACUUACAGACAAUUCGUAAGCUGGCGCUAGUAAACGUUGAUGUAUUUGCCCAUGAACGGCUUUUUUUUUAUAAUUUUGAUAAAAAAUAUUUGAUCUGAAGUCUAAGUCUUGGUCAGUUUUAGAGUUGUAAGUAGAUACUAAUGACAUAUACAUUUUAUGAAAUACCAGCGUUACAUCGACUUUUGAAACAAUUAAUUUAAUACCCACCUACUUUGUUAUUUAAAGAAAGCAUCCGCGAUCAUUUUCAUAUUGGCUGCUAAAUCAUAGACCAAUAUAACCAUCUGUAUUGACAGCCAAAAGCUUUGAUACGUUCUAUCAGCCGUCAAAUAGUGCACACAUUUUAAAAUCAAUCAAAUCAAAUAUCUUUAUUUGCUCAUUUAUUAUCAACGUUUUAUUUAUAUUCAGACAUGAUUCUUCAGAAUUUCACAAGAUUGCCGCAUCUAUCCAUCGGUAUGAAAAAGAAUCUGUUCUUAAAUGCCUCUUGCGUAUAUAAUGGCAUUUUACUUCCUUACGUGAAAUCUAUAAAUAGGGCUUAUUCAAAAGCCGAAGACGAUCCACCUGAUGACGAGGAUGUUAGGAAGAGUCGUCCUUGCAAGCAGUUCACUACUAUAGGCAAGAUACUGAACAGCGUUGGGGCUAAAUCUUUGGCAGGAAACAACAAAGUCAGUGUUAUAGGUCUUGAUGAUAUUGGCAUUGCUACUGUGUUCGCUCUACUCACUCAGAAUGUGACUGAUAACGUCUGUAUGAUUGAUUUAAAUGAAGAGGUGUUGAAAGGAGAGCACUUGGACCUCCAAUAUAGCUCAGUGUUCCUGAACAAUCCCUGCAUCACCGCCAGCAAAGAUCCAGCCGCUACGCGAGAAUCGAAAGUUUGCGUGGUCACCACCGGUACUUUUAAAGGCAGGGACGAAGACGAGUCGGAGUACGUCGCUCGGAAUGCUGGGAUAAUCCGGGCGAUCGUGCCAUCGCUAAUGAGGCACAGUCCGAACGCAAUAUACAUAAUUGCAAGCGACCCCGUGGACAUUCUGAGCUACACGACGUGGAAGCUGAGCGGGGUGCCGAAGCACAAGGUGAUAGGCACCGGGACGAUGCUGGACACGGCACGGUUCCGGUACCUGCUGUCCGACAAGCUGGGCAUAUCACCAGAACAUUGCCAUGGCUUUGUUAUUGGACAGCAAGGACAGAGAAGCGUUCCAGUGUGGUCUAGCGUGAACAUAGCUGGCGUGCGCCUCAAGGACAUAAACCCUCAAAUUGGUACGGAGAGAGACCCCGAGUCCUGGUCGGAGGUGCACGAGGAGGUGAUGAAGUCUGCAGAUAAAGUGCGACAGCUGAAGGGAAACUCAAGUUGGGCUGUCGCUCUUGCGGUCUCUGACUUAUGCCGCGCAAUAUUUACGAAUAAGAAUACUGUUAUUCCUGUUUCGACUCAUGUUAAGGGUGAGCACUCGAUUAGGGAAGAUGUGUUUCUAUCCCUGCCCUGCGUUAUAGGUCGAUCAGGAGUCACUGACAUUGUCCGUCAAACUCUCACUGAGGUGGAAGCCCUGCAACUACGCAGGUGUGCUGAGAACGUUGCGCAAAUGCAAGAGUUUGCCAGCAAACUUAUGACCUAAUUGUUGUGUUUUUAAGUGGUAUCUCUGUGAUUAGUCACUAUAGGUAGUACUAUUUACUAAAAACGUUUAUAAAAUUACUUUAAAUUUAGUACUAUUUCGUUUAUUUCGACAUGUUUUGUGUGUAUUAUGUUUAUUGUAAGGUAUUUGAAUUAAAUGUGUUAUUGCUGUUUUA